AUGGACUUUGGAGAAGAAGAUCUCGACCUCUACGGUCUCCUCGGUGUCGAUAAGACUGCGACACCCGACCAGAUCAAGAAGGCGUACCGCAAGGCCGCUCUGCAACACCACCCUGACAAGGUCUCCGAAGACAUCCGCGAAGAGUCCGAAGCAAAGUUCAAGUCCGUCACGCAAGCCUACGAGAUCCUCCGCGAUGAGGAGAAACGCCACAUGUACGACACCCACGGCAUGGCCGCCUUCGACGGACGAGGUGGUCCCGGCGGCCCGGAGGUCGACCUCAACGACAUCCUGUCCCAGAUGUUCGGCUUCGGCAUGGGCGGCCCUGGCGGUCCUGGAGGCCCUGGCGGCGGUCCCCAGAGGCCGCGCCGCGGUCCCGAUGAAGAGCAGGAAUACAGGGUGUCCCUGGAGGAGCUGUACAAGGGCAAGACUGUCAAGUUCUCCGCCGACAAGCAGAUCGUCUGCGGCACCUGCAAGGGCUCUGGCGCCAAGCCGAGCGUCAAGCCCACAAAGUGCGAAAAGUGCCAGGGCGCCGGCAUGUCCGAGGCGUUCCAGCAGAUUGGUCCCGGCAUGGUGCGCCGCGCCACCGUCGUCUGCGACCGCUGCGAGGGCUCCGGCAACCAGAUCAAGGAGAAGGACCGCUGCAAGAAGUGCAAGGGCAAGCGCACGACAUCCGAGAAGAAGGUGCUUGAGAUUUACAUCCCGCGCGGCUCCAUGAACGGCGAAAGGAUCGUCAUCGAGGGCGAGGCCGACCAGUUGCCGGACCAGACGCCUGGCGAUAUUGUUUUUGAGCUGGCCGAGGAGCCCCACGACGUCUUCACGCGCGAGGGUCACGAUUUGUCUGCGGAGCUCAACAUUACGCUGGGCGAGGCUCUUGGCGGGUUCUCCCGUGUUGUGCUGACGCACCUCGACGGCCGUGGCAUCCACAUUGACAGGCCUCGCGGCAAAAUCAUCCGCCCUGGCGACGUGCUGAAGGUGCCCGGCGAGGGCAUGCCGAUGAAGAAGGGCGAGCUGAAGGGUGAUCUCUACCUGAUUGCUAACGUUGAGUUCCCUGAGAACGACUGGCUGAAGGACGACAAGGAGCACGAGGCUCUGGCAAAACUGUUGCCUCCUGCUCCCGAGCUCAUCAAGGCCGAGGAGGUUGACGAUGUUGACUAUGAGUCUGACGCGGACUUGGCAGAGAUGGGCGCUCGUCACGGUGGCGGCGGCGGCGGACAGUGGGAGGAUGUUGACGAAGACGAAGGCCAACCGCAGUGCCAGCAGCAGUAA